UCCCCCUCGGCCUCUCCACCUCGCCCCUCUCCUCUCCCCUGUAGACAUGGCUCCGCCUCGGACGCCGGGGCCGGUCGUGCCCGACGCGCCCCGCCCCGCCUCGUCAUGGCCACCCGACGCCCUCGCCUCCCUGACGUCCUCCUCUUCUUCUUCGGCAAGCCACACGGACCGGAGCCACUGGAAUGUUGCCACACCGUCGCCUUCGCCGAUCCCCUCCGCCUCGGCCACCAUCUCGUCGUCAAUCCGCCUCGGCGACUCCGGCCACCUCGAGCCGUCCCCGGGCCUUCUCUGCAAUGACACUCAUUAUGACUUCUACUACACUAAACGUGUUUUCAUGUACUUCUCAAACACGUGUGAUUACUGACCUAUUCGAUGGUGAGCUGCGUUGAAAGCCUUCCUACUAUUGUUGUUCAGUUGAUACCGAGCUUGCUGAUGAACUAUUGCCUUGAAGGAUUGUGCCUGAUUUUGAAACAUGUAAAAGGAUCUCAAUAUUUUGUAGACCAUACAUAUGGGAUUGUGCAUUUCCAACAGAAAAACAACAGAAUUUAUGUAAUUGUCAUUUUUUAUUGUAAACGUCCCAAAUGUGAUCGUGCAUCAGGCAGGCAAGAUAAUAGUUCAUGUAGUAUAAAGUGUAGUACUUGUCACCGAGAUUUGACGCAUUUAUUACUUUCUA